UCCUCAUCCGAAAUCACAUUUGAUUAUCGAAACGAAUUGUCGGGGCAUGCGUUGUUGUCUCGAUUGCACGGUGGAGUUUCUUUUAGUGUCUUGGAUGCUGCUGGUGGCAUGGUAUCCAUGCUGGCCGUCUACCGCAAACUGUCCGAUAAAAAUCCCGAUGAUAUUCAAAAGAUGAUGACCAAAUAUGGCACCAUGGAUAUGCGCAUUGAUUAUUUACAAAGUGCUAUUGGUCAAAGUUUCAUUGCCAAAGCGCAUUUGAUCAAAUGCGGUAAAAUAUCUUCCAUCACCCAGAUGGAGCUCUUUAAUGAAGAUGGUCAAAAACUAUGCAUUGCGACCGUCUACGAUUUGGUGAUUCAGAUUCCUUAUGGUAAAGUGAGUACUUAUGGCAUUAUUGCCGAAAAAAUAGGCCUUAAAAGCAGCGCCCGCAUGGUGGGAUGGGCCAUGAAUGCGGCUCAUAACCGCCCCGAAAUUCCAGCCCAUCGAGUGGUCAAUAGAAAUGGACAGCUCACUGGUAAACAUCAUUUUGCCACUCCAUCACUCAUGCAAACCUUGCUUGAAAACGAGGGC